AUGACUGGUAUGUCCUGGAGCUCCUGCCAACGGAUUUUGAGCGAUGAAUUGCGAAUGAAAAGAGUUGCAACAAAAUCUGUGCUUCGCUUCCUCACGGACGAUCAAAAACAGUCGCGAUUGAAUGCUUGUCGUGAGCUGAAAGAUCAGCUAGAAUUUGAUCCGGACCUUUUUCCGAAGGUUAUCACUGGUGACGAAAGCUGGUGUUAUGGCAACAGCCCGGAAACGAAGCAGCAAUCAAGUCAGUGGAAGCAUUCGAUGUCACCAUGCCCCAAAACAGCACGUCAAGUGAAGUCCAGUGUCAAAACAAUGCUGAUUUGUUUUAUUGAUGUAAAAGGAAUUGUCCACACAGAAUUUGUUCUUCCUGAUCAAACUGUUAACCAGGUACUUUACUUGGCAGUUCUAAAACAUGCCCCUGCUUAUCAACCCUCCCUAUUCGCCCGAUCAUAG